UUUUUUUUCACUUCAGAAUUCAGGGAUGCAUUUAAAAUCUUUGACGUUGACAACAGUCAAACCAUCACAACUGAUGAGUUGUUGCUCGUCAUGAAGAACCUGGGAAUGAUGGCCACAAAGGAGGAGGUGAAAGAAAUGCUCUCAGAGGUUGAUGAGGAUGGUAUGCAUUUUAAAUUUUCUGCAGGAGUUGAUAACAUUUGAAACUGUUACCAGUGCAGAGUACUGUAUGAAUGGAGGGGAGGGGGUGGGGAAGAGAUAAAAAAGGCAGACUGUAUAAAUUAAAGAGAAUAGCCUGUCAUGAAGGAGCUAAAAAUGGUGAGGGGAAGGGAAGACAACAGCUAAAGAGAAAAGGGAGUCCCUUUUCUCUCCACUUUUAACAACUGCCAUGCAGGCUAAAACAGAAAGGUAGCUUCAGCAUGCAACACUCAGAUAGGAAACUUUUGGUUUACACUCAUAGCUGCCAGGUGUUUGUAAGUGUCAUUGUUAUGAUUAUGGAAAACGGGUAUAAAUAAAGCCAACAAUAAUAACCAGCACCUCACAGGGAUACUGGCUUGGAGGGAAACGUAAGAAAUUUUUUGGGGAAGAUGUGCCACUGAGACCCGUAAACCCUUAGCCUAUACCAGACCUUGUUCAAGUGAAUUUCGCUCCCCUUAGUGGACUAGUCUAGCCUGUGAACAGGCCUUUUUUUUUUUCCAAACAGAGAGCCUGGCUAGACUAGUCUCCCUCUCUAACCUAGAGUCGCCAUCUUAAAAAAACCGCUUGAGUUUGCACGUGAAUUAAUUCCCGGUCCCCUUAGUCAAGACUAAAUUUUCAACCAAUUGAUCAGUUGCCAGGAAAAUGAUACCCCAUUCUGGACCCAAACUCUCAGAUUUUUAUACCCCAUCCCGGACUAAAAUGCUUGAAAACCAUGCCCUUUACAGUGGCACAUACGUAUAUAGCCUAUAUGGCAGCCCACACAGCCCACCCACCACCCCCUCCCCCAAGUAUACUUGGUCCUGGACGUACCAGCUUUAUUAGAUUUUUUUUUGCAUUUUUUGUUUUAACUUGGCGUACACUUACUUUGAUUGCGUACAGGAAGUGGAGAAAUCGACUUUGAGGAGUUUGCUGAACUUAUGGUCAAACAGAUGAAGCAGGGCAGUGAGCAGGAAGUGAGAGAAGCAUUCAAGGCCUAUGACACUGAUAACAAGGGAUACUUCACAAAAGAUGAGCUUCUCAAACUCCUCAACAUCGUAUCACAACAAAGCAAGGACAUCAAAAUCUCCAAAGCUGAAAUUGAGGAAUUAGUCAACUUUCUGUCCCGCAAUGGGCGAGUUGACUUUGACAGUAAGUGA